GGAAUGAUCGAGAAUCUUCGCGACGGAUAGGCAACACAAAAUGCAUAUACGCGCGAAUGUUCUCGAUCGCUCCGUAAGAGAAUCUUCUAGAACUCAACACAAUAUAAAACGACGCGACGUAACAAUAACGUCAAUCAGUUAGUUAGCCAGUCGUCAGUUAAUCGAUUAAAUAGUUAAGUACACGUAGUGCUUUAAUAUAAUUUUUAUAUAAAUUUUCUUAGUGUUUUAAACAAUAAACCGUCUACAUUUUUUCUGUUAUAUAAAUUAGUGUUUUUAUUUAUUUUAAAUCAAUAAGUGAAGCACUAAAAAUUAGUGACCUCGACAAAGGAAAAAUGGUAGACAAAACAACACCAGAAAAAGCAGAUAAUAUCAAUAUAGUUGAUUAUAUAAGUACAAGAUUUCAAGAACUCAGAGAAAUUUGUAUGUACAUGUUAUCUUGUACCGCCUGCUUGAGCAUUGCUCAAUUGAGCAAUGCGAAUUUUACUAUGUAAGGUGUAACUCUGUGUUGAGACGUCCUAUGAACAAAGUUAUUAACUAUUAAGUGGUGAUAUUUCUAUUGGAAAUUAAUAUAAUACUCGUAUUUAUUAUAAUUUAUUUAUAUUUUCUAUAAAAUGUCAACUCGUAAGAGCAAAUGUGCUAAUACUUUAACAAACUAUUUUAAUAAAAAAAUAAAAACAACCCAUGACGGAAAUGAAGUCUGUACUUCAAGUCCAAUAUUGACUGCAAUCACACCAGGUACAACAGAAAAAUCUAAGAGUGAUGUAGCUGAUAUUGGUUGCUGCUUUGAUCAAAAGGUUAGUGAUGAAUUAAAAUAUAAGUUACUUUCUAAUGUUUGGAUUCCUGAUGAAAAGUUUAAAUUUCCUAUAUCAGGAAAUAGAAAGUUAAAAUUUCAAUUAAAUUGGAUUAAUCGAUUCCCUUGGUUAUGUUACCCUAAUAUGCAAGGUUCUGGAGCGGUGUGCAAAUAUUGUGCUAUAUUUUACCACAAUUUUACCGGUAAAGGUGCACAUCAAAAACCCGGCGUAUUAGUAACAAAACCAUUCAAUAAAUGGAAAAAUGCAAUUGAAAUUUUUAGCACGCAUAAGGACACAGAGUAUCAUAAAAACAACGUUUUUUUUGCUGAGAAUUUUAUUUCCAUAUAUUGCAACAAACAGUUACAUAUUUGUCAAAAAAUUGAUUCGGCACGUGCUAAUCAAAUAGUUGAAAAUAGAAAAAAAUUAACACCAGUUAUUCAAACAAUAAUUUUGUGUGGUCGUCAAGAAUUGGCUCUUCGUGGUACAUCUGAUUCUGGACCACUCACUUUAAAUGAGCCAGUCCAAAAUGAUGGUAAUUUUAGAGCUCUUUUGCGAAUGCGAAUGAACUGCGGUGAUAAAAUGAUGACUGAUUGUAUUGAAAAUGACGCAUUUAAAGCUAUGUAUUUAAGUCCUACUAUUCAAAAUAAUUUAAUUGAUAUAAUUGGAAAAAUAAUUCAAAAUUGUUUAGUGGAUAGAAUCAAUAGGGCAAAAUCAUUUUCAAUUUUAGUAGACGAGACGACUGAUAUAUCGCGAAUUGAACAAAUGUCACUUUGUAUUCGAUAUAUCGAUGAAGAUCCUGAACAUCAAUUCAUUUUACGUGAAGAUUUUUUAAAAUUCGUGUCGGUAGAAAAUACGACUGACAAAAAUUUAGCCAAUAUUAUUUUAGGUAGUAUUAAAUCUCUUGGAAUAAAUCCGAAGUAUAUGGUAGGACAAGGAUACGAUGGGGCGGCUGCAAUGAGCGGAAAUUUCAAAGGAGUGCAAGCAAUUAUUCGAAAAGAAUAUCCGACCGCGCUUUACGUACACUGUAGUGCUCAUUCUUUAAAUUUGGCUCUCUCUCAUUCCUGUAGUAUUCAACAUAUUCGUAACUGUAUUGGUACCGUCAAUUGGUGGGAAAUUUCAUUAAAGGUUCAGCAAUGCGAACCGAAAUUUUAAAAAAAUACAUCAAAGAACAAUUUCCUGAGUCUAAGUGGACCAAACUUACAUCAAUGUGCGAGACACGUUGGGUAGAAAAUCACGACGGACUAAUAAGAUUUACAGAAAUUUAUAAGGCAAUUGCUAAUACAUUGGAAGAAUUACAAUUCACUCGUGAUAUUGAAACGUCAUCAAAAGCAUUACAAUUUGGAAAAUCUAUUAUAACCAGUGAUUUUGUAAUAAGUAUGGUCUCAGCAUCUAUACUUUUUUCCUUAACAUUGCUACUGUGUAAGAAUUUACAGUCUGUAAAUUGUGAUUUGACCGAAGCAAUAGCGUAUGUUGAUAUUGUGCUACACGAAAUAAAUGAUAUGCGAAGUAAUAUGGAUAAUACAUUUUCCAAUAUUUUUAAAAAAGCUGAGGCUCUUAUAAAAUCAAUUGAUUACGAAGAAUGUAUAAGAAUACCUAGAGUUAUUGGACAUCAAAAAAAUCGAAGUAAUAUUGUCGUGAAUUCACCUGAAGAAUACUACCGUAUUACAAUAGAUAUUCCUUUUUUUGACGACUUCAUUGAACAGCUUCAAACAAGGUUCAAUAAUCAUAAAAAAAUAAUUUCUUCAUUGCACAAGUUAUUACCAAAAACAUGCGAUAAAUUUGAAAUUGAUUUAAAUGAUUUUGAAAUAUAUUCAGAAUUUCUGGAUUUAGAAGUACUGCCACAAGAAAUUAAACUGUGGAAAAGAAAAUGGACUGACGAACUAGAUGUAGACCGUCCAAAUUCGGCUAUUGAAGCGUACAUUAAAUGUAAUUAUGAAUAUUUUCCAAAUGUAUCUUUUCUUUUGAAAAUAUUGGCUACAUUACCAGUUUCGACUUCUACACCAGAGCGCUCAUUCUCUACUUUGAAAAGGCUAAAAAAAUUUUUACGAAAUUCAUUUGGUCAAGAACGUCUUACAGGUCUAGCACUUUUGAGUGUGCAUAGACAAAUUAAAAUAAAUCCAGACGAUGUGAUCGACAGUUUUGCAAAAGAAAAAAAAAAGACUGAUAGACUUUGUGCUAUAAAAAUGUAUUAUUUUAAAAUUUAAACUGAAAAAUGACUCAUAAAAUUUUGUAUUGUAUUGUAUUGUAUUAUAAUUUUGUAUUUUAAUUUUAGUAUAUUUCAAAAGGUAAAUUUUGUAAAAUAAUGAUAAAGGUAGGUCAUAACAUAAAGUAUAAUAUCUUGUGGUAUAACCUAACUUAAUAGUAAGACAAUUUUUUUUGGUUUAUGUUA